CUAAAUCAUUCGUAUAUUGCUAUUUUAUGCUCUCUAGCUAAUUAGCAAUAUAUAUACGAAGUGAAAAUAUGUGGGUGGUUUUUAUGUGCCUCGUAGCUUUAAUUGCUGUUUGGGUAAGUCAUUGGGUUUAUAUAUGGCAGAACCCCAAGUGCAAUUGGAAGUUGCCUCCAGGUUCUAUGGGUUUCCCUCUUAUUGGUGAGACCCUUGAGUAUUUCACUCCUCAUUCUUUGUAUGACAUACCUCCUUUUAUCAAGAAAAGAAUAACAAGAUAUGGGUCAUUGUUUCGGACUAACCUAGUGGGGCAAAAUAUAGUUGUUUCUACGGACCCCGAAUUCAAUUACCACAUAUUUAAGAAUGAAGGAAAGUCUUUCCUAUUUUGGUACCCAGAAAGUUUCACUGAAAUAUUCGGUGGCCAAGACAUCUUGACUUAUCAUGGCGUGGUUCAUAAGUAUCUCAAGAACUUGGUUCUACACCUUGUUGGCCCUGAAAACCUAAAGGCAAAAUUACUGUCCGAAAUGGAGGAAAUGACUCGCAAACAUCUCACCUCUUGGGCUCGCUGUGGCACAACUGUAGAUAUAAAACAAGUUUCCUCAGAAAUGGUAUUUAAUUAUUUUGCUUACAAGCUUAUUGGCUAUGAUGGCUUGGAGGGCACAAGAAAACUCAGAGAGAAUUUUUCAGCCAUAAUAAAUGGCAUUAUUUCAUUUCCCCUCAGCAUUCCAGGAACUGCUUACCAUGCAUGUUUGCAGGGUCGGAAGAAUGCAUUAAAAAUGAUCAAAGAGAAAUUUGAUGAAAGAAAAGCAUCGAACAAGAAAUAUGGUGAUUAUUUGGAUCAUCUACUAGAGGAAGUGAAGAAAGAAGAUACUAUUUUGACUGAAGAAAUCGCUGUAAACUUGGUGUUUGGGCUACUCUUUGCCACUUAUGAGACCACUUCCACUGCCCUUACAUUAGCAGUGAAGUUCAUUUCUGAUCAUCCUCGUGUUCAAGCUGAAUUAGCGAUAGAGCACAUGCAAAUUAUUAAAAACCGUCAGAGAAAGGACUCUCAGAUUACAUGGCAGGAAUAUAGAUCCAUGACUUUUACGCAUAUGGUUAUCAAUGAAAUAGUUCGGCUUGCAAAUAUUGUACCAGGAAUCUAUAGAAAAGUUAUACAAGAUGUUGAGAUCAACGGAUAUACAAUUCCAGCUGGUUGGCUUGUUAUGAUUGUUCCAUCAGUUCUUCAUAUAAAUCCUGAUAAAUAUGAUGAUCCUCUUACUUUUAAUCCAUGGCGAUGGGAGGGAAAUGAAUUGCAUUUAGGAUCUAAGACUUUCAUGGGCUUUGGCGGGGGUGUCAGAUUGUGCGUUGGAGCUGACUUUGCAAAAGUGCAAUUGGCCAUCUUUAUUCAUCAAUUGGUUUUAAAUCUCAGGUGGACAGUAGUCAAAGGAGGAGAUAUCAUUCGAAAACCUACCUUGACAUUUCCAAAUGGCUUACAUCUUCAAAUCUUAGAAAAGCAUUUGUGAAGCUGAAUAACAGAUUAUAGGAGAUUAAUUAAGCCUAUUUAUAUAAUAUUAGUGCUUUUACUUCAUAUGCAUAUGUGUAGCAUGUGAUGGGCACAGUACUUGUGAAAUAUUUACUAGUACUUUUCUUUAAAUAAAUAAAUAGAGUUACCUUUG